UUUACCAUUUAUGUCGCAGUUCACUCGUUAGAAUGUUACUUAAAGGUGUUCCAAUAACAGCGCUGUUAUUAUUCGUGUCAAUUGGCAGAGGUGACGAUGGAUUCAAAGCUGAGACGAGGCAGUUUCCUUUUUCUGCACUCAUCGUUGCAAAUUACAACAAUUCAAUAAUAAAUAAUCUCGGUGAAUGGGAUUGCAGCGGCGCUAUAAUCAGCGAUAAAUUUGUGAUCACAGCUGGACUUUGUGUUGAAGGAAUUCAAAAGUUUAGAAUCAAACUUGGUGAGAAAGGCGAAGUACGUGACAAUGAAGAUGAAUAUAUCUACGACCACAUCAUUCAUACAAAACCAAUUUACUCCAUAAAUCAUAUAGUGGCCCUGAUCGCGUUGAAUCCAAUAUGCAAUUUCACUCCCGCAAUUCAACCAGUACGCAUACCAGUCAAUCCAGCUAACGUAAAUAAUUGGUUGAUUGUAGCCGGAUGGAAUGCAAAUAAUGAAAACGAUUUAGAGCUUCAAUGGUUGCCUAUGCGAGUCAUAAGCGAUGCAGACUGUAAGGCUGUAUACCCUGCGAUCGAUAUGAGUACUGUGAUAUGUGCUCGAACGGACGAGGUCAAUGGUAAACAUCGCAGUUUAUGUGGGUCUCUCGGUUCUGUUCUCGUAGCUGAGAAUAAUACGCUACUAGGAAUUUCCAUCUGGCAGAUUUUCUCACCUUGUCAAGAUGGACCACAAAUAUUUGCGAGAAUUAAAUGGUUUAAUCCUUGGAUUAGCGCAGCCUUUGAAAUAACCCGCGGUUAGUCAACUAGAUUAUAGUCUGUUUUUGACCGUUUGAGAAAUCAAAAAAUAGAAAAUUUGGACAAUAUAGUAAAAUCGAAGAACUCACGAA